GAUUACAUCAAGGCGCGUCCCCGAAGCGCGCAGGUCGGCGGCGAGACGAGGUCCCAUCCGGCGUUGCUAUGAGCUCCGAGCGGUCAGCGACGGCCGGCUCUCCCGCUCCUCUCUGCUCGGAGCCCGCUGGGGCCGACUACCGAGACUGGGUGAGGCGAAGCUACCUGGAGCUGGUGUCCUCCAACCAUCACUCGGUGCAGGCGCUGUCCUGGAGGAAGCUCUACCUCAGCCGCGCCAAGCUGAAGGCGUCGAGCCGGACCUCGGCGCUGCUCUCCGGCUUCGCCAUGGUCGCCAUGGUUGAGGUUCAGUUGGAGAUGGACUACAACUAUCCCAAGUUACUGCUGAUUGCCUUCAGUGCCUGCACAACAGUGUUAGUCGCUGUCCACCUCUUCGCUCUCUUGAUCAGCACUUGCAUUCUCCCUAAUGUUGAGGCAGUCAGCAACAUACACAAUCUCAACUCUGUCAACGAGUCACCCCAUGAGCGCAUGCAUUACUACAUCGAGCUGGCCUGGGGCUUCUCAACGGCUCUCGGCAUCAUCCUCUUCCUUUUGGAGGUGGUUCUGCUUUGUUGGAUUAAGUUCCUCCCAAUUGACCGUAAUUGGAAGAAGCACAAGUCUGUUCCAGCCCAGCCUGGAGAAGGACACACUGGACGGGAUGCAGCCUUGACAUCUACUAUUAUCAUGGCACCAGUGGGCCUUAUUUUUGUGAUAUUUGCUGUACAUUUCUACCGAUCGCUGGUUGGGCACAAAACGGAGCGUCACAAUCAGGAGAUUGAAGAGUUGCACAAGCUGAAGGUACAGCUGGAUGGUCAUGACCGAUCCCUGCAAAUGGUUUGAAAAUAUAUCGAGAAGGAAAAUAAAUUAAUUAGUCUGAAACCAUGAGAUUCUGAGCUUCUGCAGUCCACUCGAUAUCUACUGCAAGUAUCAAAUGGGCUAUCCUGUUAUUUUCAGGAAUUCAAGUUUACAAAUAUGGCUUUUAAGUGGCUUUAUGGUUACAAUAUUUUCUGCCUUGUCUUAAAAGAAAACUUUUUCUCUUUGUUAAGGAAUCCAGGUGUAGGCUGAAAUUGGAAGCAUGUACUAUAAUGGUUCAGAUUGCACUGAUACCAGGCCUGCCAUCAGCAAAUUGUCGCUUAAACAGAGACAGUUUCUCAUGGGGCUAAAAUUAUCAGAGGUACCAACUUAGAAUAAACUGGACAACCGGUACAAUGUUUAUCUUGUCAUCAGUGGUGAUAGAGUCUGUAACCAUCUGUCAGGUAACUUGCUAAGUAGUACAAAGAGUGAUGGAUUGAUCAGAUCAAUAUUGAAAAACUGUAAUUGAACAGAAGAGGUGAGGUAAGAGAGUGUAAUUGCUGAGUUUCAACAGGAUUGAUGUUCGGCAUGGUUCUGGAAGGUCACAGUUUACAGUCGAUCCCUCCAUUCACAAUCGUAAUUGACCAAAAUUAUUAAGUAGCUACCAAAGUCAAACCUGUUUUUUCUUCAUCCCAGAUCCAAAUUGUAGUUAACCUGGCACACCUUUAAUAUAACAGUACAAUAGACAUCAUAACUUGAAUCCACCAGGAACCCAGUGAUGUAGGGCUUGACCAGUGAUGCAGGGCUUGACCAGUGAUGCUCCAAUCUGUAAUGUCACAGACUGACACCCCUGUACAAGCACCACCACAUGAUUCAUGGUGAGCAAUUUAAAAUUCCGAUCUUUGUUGCUCUAUUUAAUCUAAUCCCCUACAUCCUGGUGUGUGGUUUUGUCCAAUUUAUAUUGACCUUUGUGGACUGUUUCACAGAUAUUGAGUAAAACAAGUGUUUACCCUCGUCAUUGUGUGUGAGCUUCACAAACAUGAGAGGAAGAGAUUUUUUUAAUCUAACUUUAAAACCAUGCCAUUUUGCUGUCCGAAUACCAUGCUUUAUUUAUCAUGUCCUCAACUUCUGCUCUGUGGAGUUUGGCCUUUCUUCUUCUGUUACAGUUUCAGUACUUUGAUUACUGAAUCUUAUUAACAGAGCAAUCAUUUGUUGCAUGUUAAUUUAGCUGUUACAUGUUUGGGGGGGCCUUAAAAUAUCAACUGUAAAGAUUAAAAUUUCUUGUAUGGGAUCUGGAGAAAACAAGUGAUCAUAACUGAGCCAAUACUAAUUAUGAAAUGCAAAACAGAAUUUUGGAUUCUAUUUUUAUUACCCAUUGAAGGUAGUAGCAGUGAAUGGUUGAGGACUGGUUGCUUUUUGUACCUAAUUAUGUUCUUUGUUGUGUUUGGGGGAAUUCUGCAUUUAAAAUGUUUAAUUCCUGGUACAUUUCUUUUUGGUGAUAGGAAUGAAGUACCUCCUAUGUUACAUUUAGAUAUUAAUAGGCAAGGUGGAGACCUUGCCAUCACAACCACAGUUCCCAGAUGGUGAAGGCACAAGCAAUUUACUGCUGAGUGCACUCAUUGGUUUACAGAAUUUAUAAAUACAAAUUUGGAAAGCUACCAAUUUAGCCAAAGUUACAUCUGCCACAGGAAAUGUUCAAGAUUACAGAGAAAACACUGCAAAGGCAUUCUUAAAGUCGUCUGGAAGAAGUGUAACAUCCGCGGUGACUCUUUAUAAUCCUGGACCAUUACUGCUCAAAAUGGAGGAGGGAGAAUUGGAAAAACGGUGAUUACCUCUAGACUGUUUGACAAAAGAAUGUGAGGAUCACACAUUAAAAACAGAAAAAAACAGCCUAAACAUCCUUCUAUCUAUCCUGUCAAUAUUGUCUGUUCCACGUGGCAGAGUUUACAGAUCCCACAUAAGACUUUUCAGCCCUGUAAGGAGAAAGUCGUCCUUGAGGGAAGAAGAUUGCACACUCCAAUUACCAGAGCAGUUGAUGCAUGUUUUGACUUGAGUGUAAUUGUGGCCUUGUUACUGAAACCAGUGACCUACAGUUGCUUCAUUCUACAAUGAUAGGUGUUUCAUUAAACACAUUAUUGUUCAAUUGUACCUUGAAUCAGGCAAUGUGUAGUCUUAAGCUUUCCCAUGUAUGGUAUAUACCACGCACUGUGCUUUACAGGGCCCUCCAUAAUGUUUGAGACAAAGAUCCAUCAUUUAUUUAUUUGCCUCUGUUCUCCAGAAUUUAAGAUUUGUAAUUAAAAAAAUCACGUGUUUAAAGUGCACAUUGUCAGAUAAAGGCCAUUUUAAUACAUGUCAUGUAAAUGAAAGUAGUUAUGUUAGUAUUUUGUUGCAUAUCCUUUGCAUGCAAUGGCUGCUUGAAGUCUGUGAUUCAUGGACAUCACCAGUUGCUGGAUGUCUUCUCUGCUGAUGCUCUACCAGGCCUGUAUUGCAGCCAUCUUUAGCUUAUGCUUGUUUUGUGGGCUAGUCCGCUUCAGUUUUCUCUUCAGCAUAUAAAAGGCAUGCUUAAUUGGGUUCCGAUCAGGUGAUUGAUUUGGCCACUGAUCUUUGAAACACCCUCACCACCAUGAGGUGGUAUGCUUUGGAUCUUGGGCAGUUCCUUCUCUCCUCCAUACUUUGCUCUUGCCAUCACUCUGAUAUAAGUUAACCUUCAUCUCAUCUGUCCACAAGACCUUUUUUUCAGAACUGUGAUUGCUCUUUUAAGUACUUCUUGGCAAACUGUAACCUGGCCAUCCUAUUUUUGCGGCCAACCAGUGGUUUGCAUCUUGCAGUGUAGCCUCUGUAUUUCUGUUCAUGAAGUCUUCUGCGGACAGUGGUCAUUGACAAAUCCACACCUGACUCCUGAAGAGUGUUUCUGAAGAGUGUUCCAAACAGUUGACUUUGGUAAGCCUAAGAUUUGGCUGAUGUCUCUAACAGUUUUAUUAUUGUUUCUCAGUCUCAUAAUGGCGUCUUUGAAUUUCAUUGGCACAACUUUGGUCCUCAUGUUGAUAAACAGCAAUAAAAGUUUCCAAAGGUGAUGGAAAGACUGGAGGAAAGACUAGGUGCUGAGAGCUCUCUUAUACUUGCAUUAAGGAGGCAAUUAAACACACCUGUGCAAUUACAAACACCCGUGAAGCCAUGUGUCCCAAACAUUAUGGUGCCCUGAAAUGUGGGGGACUAUGUAUAAACACAGCUGUAAUUUCUACAUGGUGAAACCAAAAUGUAUAAAAAUGGCCUUUAUUAAAAUCUGACAAUGUGCACUUUAACCACGUGUGAUUUUUUUCUAUUACAAAUCUCAAAUUGUGGAGUACAUAGUUAAAUAAAUAAAUAAUGGGUCUUUGUCCCAAACAUUGUGGAGGGCACUGUAUAUUUGAACAAAUAAUUGUCUUAAACUUUGAGUUUGUAAACUUUUGUGGCAGUAGUGGCACCAGUAGCUCUUCCCAGUGUGGCAUUUACAAACAUAAAGUUACAAUAAUUUGUAAGUGAGGCAACAAUUGCUAUAUUGUUAUUUUUAAUUUUAUAAAACACAGCCCUGGGCUAUUCAGAUGUUGUUUUUUCUUAAAAUGUAAAUCUUUACUGGUACUUUGACCAGUAUUUACUGUUUGCAAAUCCUGUACAUACAUUGUGGCAUCAUUUAACCACCUAUUAGUUUGUUGGGUGCCUGUUGACGCAAUGGAAAAUGCAUUUGAAAUAAAGUGUUGCCAAACAUAUUUUGUAACAGCAGAGGCUUGAUAACUUUA